GGGCUGGAGGUUAUUGGUAGCCAAGGUGGCACUGCUGUCGAAAGAACCCUUUCUGUACGACCCCGACAGCCCACGGCUGCAAGAUGGUUGCCCCUAAGAAACCUCAGAGCGAACUCUCGAACAACGGAAACAAGCCCAACAAUAUGUCCUACAACAAGAGGGAUUCGGCCAUGGGUGGCGCUCGCUCUGGGUUCAGAACCGAUACCGCUAUAUCCAACAACAGGCCUGGCACCGAGCGAACCCUCCAGCCAUGGGUCCCCGACUCCAGCGAUGGCAUCGAUGGCAGCUUGGAGAAGCCAUCCGGCAGUGGAGGAGCUUGGGACCAAUUCGCCGAGAACGAGCGACUCUUCGGCCUCAAGACUGACUAUGAUGAGAACAUCUACACAACCACCAUUGACAAGAGCCACCCGCAGUACCGUGAUCGCAUGGCUGCUGCCGAGCGUAAGGCUCGCGAGAUCGAGCGAAGCUUGGCCACUACGGCGCACGUUGCGGAGGAGCGUGUCAUGGAUUAUGUCACUGGCGGCGGUGACGACAAGGGCGGGGACGAGGAAGACAAAUACAGCGGAGUCCGUCGUCAGGACUUUCCCCCUUUGUCGAGCCGCGAAAACAAGUACACGCCUCCUGCCAAGCGAGCACCCGCUUCGAAUGCGACCGUCGUUGGCGCCCCGAUUGACCCCGCGAUUAUCUCGUCGCAACUGAGAGCCCCCGCAAAGAAGCAAACUACAGUGAAGCCCGAAGAUGCCAAGCUUUUGAGCCAGCUCGUCAACAAGGGCAGUGCUACCCAAGCUGCUGAGGCGCCCAAAGCCGCUGACCCCAAGCCUGCUGCCGCCCCUGCCACGAAGGCUGCCCCGAAGCAGGAACCGACUAAGCAGGCCGAGACCAAGCCUGCAGAGACGAAGCAGACCGUCGCCGCAAAGCCCGGCGAUGCCAAGGCCGCUGAGAAGUCGGGUACUCAAGCCCGUCCCUCUGCAGCUACAAGCCGAACGAUCUCCCCUCAGGUCAAAGAAGGCGCCCCAGGAGCCCCAAGUGCCGCUUCGACAGUCGAAGUCGACGUUUUGAAGUCGUUCAGAACUUUUGCCAGCCAGCAGCGGCAGGUUGCUGAGAAAGUUCGAAGCACCAAGGCAAAGGCCGACAAGGAAGUCAAGUUGACAGAGCUGAAGAAAUUCGCCGAUACCUUCAAGCUGUCAACUCCAGUUCCUACUGACCUGAUUUCCAUUAUCGCCAAGGAUCCCGAUAAACAGAAGGAGAUUCAGGCAAAGGCACUCCAGAACGCGGAAGAUGUUGCUCGUACCAAGACGACACCCACUCUCAAGGGCAAGGAUGCUUCAUCAAAGGAGGGUGCAGGGAAGCCGCCUGCUGAUGCUCCGGCCACUCAAGCCACUGUCGAGGCAAGGAACACUGCGCGUCCGGCGCCAGCAAAUACUAUUUCUCCCUCCAAUGGGCCGAACCGCCAUCCCAACGCUCGCCAGUCUUACGCCAGCCCUCAGUAUCACGCCCAAGCGUACAGGAACGAUAGAUCAGGCCAACACAUGGCGCAACAGAACCGCCAGCCCUUGGCCCAGCGCCUGCGCCACGUAGAGCAGCAGAAGAUGUCUCAGCCUCCUAAUCAGCACCCCGGUGGCCCUGACAUGCGGAUGCCGCCAACCGGCCCUGCAAACAACACUGAGGCUUUCCGGCGCGCCGGCGGUGUCCCGAGCCACCUUGGCGGGAAGCUUAACCCCAACAGCCACGAGUUCAGACCGAACCCCUUCGCAACGUCCUUCAACCCGAACGGACACCCUAGCGCAGGUUCUAGUCCUCGCUCUGCUGCUGCUGCCAACACCGCCCCGGAGACUGCUUCGACACCCGCAUCAGCUGGACAGUUGAUUCGUCGGAAGACGAAGGCUGUCGACGUGAAGAAGUGUUACAUACUGGCACACGUCAAGACCUUCACGCCGCCUCAGGGCCGGAACUGGGACGACAACGACGGUCUGAGACCCUCAUACGACACCCCGCCCACCUGGAGACAACCUUCGGACAACGAGAAGCCCGAUUCCACUAUGCUCAUGACUUCCAAGGAGUUCUUGGAGCGUCAGUCAUUCGCUGUGUCAUCAGUUGCCACACCGAACCACACUCAUGUUGUGCCCAGCGUCGCCCACCAGCAUCAGCUUCCCUUCCAUCUGCAGCAACCUGCUCACGGGAUGGGCCCGCGUCAGUCACCACAUAUGCCACCCAUGCCUAUACAAAACCAGCAUGGACAUGUGCCUCAUACACCGUACCAAAAUAUGGAUGACCACCGCAUGAUGCACUCCAACUCGGCCCAGUCCUUCGCUUCGCCGCGUAUGGCACCGGUCCCAAUCACUUAUAACACGCCAGCCAUGACCUCGGCGGGUCAAGUGCCUUACAAUCAGCCGAUGAUGCAGCCCUACGGUGGGCCGGGUACACCUCAGAUGGGUGGCUACCGGAACUUCUCCAACAACCAUCAAUACAUGCCGCAGCAGCAGGGUGGUCCCAUGGGUCAACCUAUGAUGCCUCAAUUCAUCAACCCGCAGGGCAUGGUGCCAGCACCGGGCCAAAUGCCGAUGUAUGCUGGCAACCACCAGUUCAUGCCUCCGAAUGGCGCGCCGCCUCAGCCUAUUCCCGGAGCCAACGGUUAUCCCAGUCCGGGACGUCCGUCAGCGCCGAUGAUGGUUCAUCAAGGCUCCCAGCAAGGCCAACCGGUGUAUGGCAUGAGCCCCAACGUGCAGUACCAACAGCCUGCGUACACUCCGCAGCAGCCCGGCGGUCAGGUUGGCAAUGUACGCGGGUACAAUAGUCCUGGACCUCAGCACUUUGGAACGAGUCCCUCUCAGAUGCAUCAAUACGGGGCGCAACACCGCAGUGGAAGCAACAAUUAUGGAGGCAAGCCGUUCAACAGCCAUGGGCAGCACCAGGGUCCCCAACAGGUUCCGUCGGCGCCUGCCAAUGGUCCCGGACACGCUCCUGGAGGUUCCGAAGAAGCCAAAUGAGAGCUCAACGAAACCACUGAGGCAUACCGAUAACGUCAUGGGGACAUACUCCAACACAUCUCAGUAUCUAGGCCCCUUUAGCGUUGAUGAACAAUCACUUGAUCCGCGAAGCUUGGGAUGGAUGCUGCAAACUUGGAUGUGUCAG